UAGCCUUCUCUCAACAUUUUUGAAUGCAUACACGUCCUAAACUAGUAUGAGUGCGGGUAACGGAGACAAAGAAACCAAAAGGAAGAUGCCCCAUUCCCGUUUUUGACGCUAGCGUUUCUUUCAGCGUUCGCGCGCGCGGACGCGCGACUGUUACUCAUAUAUGGGACAGUAAAUCCGGCGAGGAUGACACCUCAUAACCAGCGAAGAUACUCUCAAGAAAGUUGGAAACUGAGCACUGGAGCAUCCAGCGUCGCUUAGUACGUUGCAGCACGGGAAGGCAAGCCUCCAGACGCGCUGCUUAGUGAAGGCAAGCCGGGAUACUAACUGAUGCGCACGAGCUGGGAAAACUGCUGAUCCUUUUCAUCCAAGUGGGAUAUUAGGAUUGGAAACGGAGUACAUACAUCGGAUGCGUUACUUUUGAUGUCUCCGAUCGGCACAGCUGUAAAGGUUUCAACUUCCUGUGAUAUAAUCGCACCAUGCCUGAGGGAGCGGGCCGCGACAGCCAGAAAAAAAACAGCAACCAAGCUGCCAAGCGCCCCUCCUCUGUGUCCUCGCUGAGUGGGAUCGUGAGCCGCAUGGCCUCCUCGGGGGGCGCAUCCCGCGGGAGCUGCACCUCCGUUAACACAGUGUGCUCCGACAGUGACCGCGGAGCCAGUCUCAGUUCCUCUGCCUCAUCCGCCUCGCUGCAGGAUGGACACUCUUCCUCUUCCUCCUCAUCGCUCCCCUACGGAGCCGUGCCGACUUACCCCGCGCCACAGCGCAAUGGCUCCGACAUCAGUCUGGACCUCACCCCUCUCUCCCUGCUGACAGGAGCCGGUCCCCUCCCCACCUCCACAACACCGCUGCCCAAACUCACUCGUCUGGAGAGGGUGGCGCUGGAGAUAGUGGAGACCGAGCAGGCCUACGUGAGGGACCUCAAGAGCAUAGUGGAGGACUAUCUUGGCUGCAUUAUUGACUGUGGCGACUUGCCUCUCAAACCCGAGGAGGUCAGCACCCUCUUCUGCAACAUCGAAGACAUCUAUGAGUUUAACAGUGAGCUUUUGGAAGAUCUGGAACGUAGUCCUCAUGCGGCAGCCAUAGCAGAGUGCUUUGUGGAAAGGAGUGAAGCUUUUGACAUUUACACCAUAUACUGCAUGAAUUACCCCAAGUAAGUAUUUCUAUGUCUAUAUGAUCAUUAAGGUACCAUUCAAAUGUUUGGUAUCGGUA